AGCCAAAGCGUUCUGCCGUUUGUGCUGGAUCACAUGCUAUACCAGGAAUACCUGGCAUUCCUGGGUCGGCUGGAAAAGAUGGAAUGACUGGUGCAAAAGGAGAAAUGGGUUCUCCAGGCCCUGUUGGACCGACAGGAGCGGACAGUGGAGUGUAUUCUAACUGGAAGCAAUGUGGUGGGACCGGGAAGAUAGCAAAGAAAACGGAUUGAUAAAGGUUUGUAUUAAUGCGAAGUGAACUAUACAUGAAGUAAAUUAAAGCAUGCAAGGGCGCUCGUCCGUUCAUUCUUGUAACAACACAACUUUAAAAUAUUUGGAAUGGAUGUGUCAGAGCUUAUAAAUACAAACUUUCUUUUCCUCACCUGUUUCGUUCAACAUUUGAUAGCAGAAUUAUUGCCCUCGAAAACAUUUUGUUGAUUUUUACCCUCAAGGAAUGUCGAUUCAAAAAGUACAACAGAAAUUCUUCACUGAAAGUCUUCUAUGGAGGUAAUUUACGUAUAUACAACUGUAACGCUAGUUGCAAACGUUGGUAUUUCACAUUCAAUGGAGCCGAGUGCAAGAAACCAUUAGCUAUUGAUGGUGUUUUUUACCUGUCAAAGGGGGCAGGACAACAUGGAAAUCUUCAUCGCCACCGUCACAUUGAAGGAUACUGCAAUGAAAUUCCCAACGGCAUCGUCCGUGUUGGUUUCUGGGUGGGAAAUUGUAAGGGUUUUGGAAAUGCUAAUGCAAACUCUGGUUGGAACUCGAUAUCUCGUAUUGUGAUUGAAGAAGUUCCACCACCGCAAGCUUGACUGAUUAACUCGAUGUUAGAAAAUGAUAUGCAAUGAAUGUACUAUCCCGUUGUGAUUUGAAAAUUUUCAGAGUAGUUGGCUUCAAUAGUUUUAUUUAGUAAAUGUUGAAUGAUAUUCAAUAAUAAUUUGUAGUCGUUGAA